CAAUGCCGAGCGGUCAAAAUGUCGCUGUUCGUGAUUGUCAAGCUAUUUUCUCAUCGUAAUGUGCCGUUCUGGCGCAUAGUAUGUAUGAAACAGCCUGCUUUGGCGUGUGCGUUCUAUUUUAUUUUAGACAAGACUUGACGGCUGAUAAUAAAUCUUAAUGAUUUGUUAAUCGACUUUACAUUACAACACUUGCUUUGGUAUUUUCUUUUAAACAACAAGUUUAUCAUCGCAAAAACUCAAUGUAGCUCAAAAAUAUAUCUUUGGAAGCAUUGUAAUUGUAUGUGAGAACUGAGGCCUUCGUUUUCAAUGGAUGAAAAGAUGGAGAGCGACCAGAGUUUCAGUGGGGAGAGUAGUAGUUCAUCGGAGACGUCAAGUGGAAGUUCAGACGGUGACGAUGAAGUGAUGGAACCAGUUCGUGUCUUGGGACAGUCUUUUGAACUUCCACAAGAACUAUGCGAAGACUAUUCUAUUUUCAAGGAGUUCUUCUCUUUGAAGACAUGGGAAUCAUUAGAAGAAAAGCACAGACAGCAAUUGACGAAGUAUCUCCCCAAGUUUACAGAAGACGAAGAAGAAGAAAAGGAAAAAACAAUUAAGAUGUUAUUUAACCAUGAGCCCUUUCAUUUCACAUCACCUCUCAAUAACUUUUAUAGUAAUUUAAGGCAAGGAAACUAUAGGCCAGACAUUGCUAAAAUGAGAAAGUUUCUCACGAAAGCUAGAGCAAAGCAGCAAAGACAUAAGAUAAAAUCUUAUUAUGCUAGACUCUUGCCAGAAGUGCUCAUAUCACGUGAAAGAUUGUUGACUGCUGCUAAAGCAGCACCUCCUGGUCCUGUCCCCCGUCUACCAAUCAUGCCUCCUAAACCAUCAGCUAAAAACAACUAUAAGCCCCUUUACUUACGUGCCAAACAAAGGUAUUUUGAAGAACUGGCUGCUAUACAAAGUGAAGUGGGAGGUGAAGAAUCUGAAGACGAAAACUAUCCUGAGGGUCCACCUCAACAAAAUUCAAGGAAAAGAAAGCAGGUGAACAUUGGAAUUCCAUCUGAUGGUAAUGUUUCUGGAACAUUAGGGGGCUCUGAUGCAUCUCAUCCUACUUCAAUGGAUUGCUUAAAAAGUAUUUUAGCUGCUCAUAGACAACGCAGACAGUAUAGAGAAGUAUAUAUUUCUUACAUUGAUUUAAUCUUGUGACUUAUAUGCUAAAUAUUUUAAAAUUAUUUUAUUGAUUAUAGAAUCAUCCAGAGUUAAACACAACUGGAUUAACUCUUGAUGACAUAAAGCAAAGGGUUGCUUUUGUCAAUGGUAGUAGUAAGAAAUUGAUGUUUGGAGGUCAAAAAUUGGAUGCACCAAUGCAAAAACUGAAGAGAGUAUCGAAGAAGGAAACACCACAGAAAGUCAAGUCCAAUGAAGCUAAGGCAAAUGCCAAGAAAAAGGAUGAUGACAGUGUUGAAACCAAACCUCUGUUACCCAAUAUCAAAAUUAAAUGUGAGCAGGAAGAGUCAGACUCGGAAAGUUCAUCUUUUGUGGAUCCUGUGGCUAGUCCAAAACAUACCAAAAAAUCUAUAGACCAUGUUGAAAUCAAACAAGAAUCUGAUUUGAAAUAUUCUAUGUCAAAUGUAAAUUAUAAUGAAACUAAGUUGGAUUGUGUGAUAAAACAAGAGCCUCAAGAUCCUUCAGUUGCAAUUCAAAAUUCUUCAAAACUAGCUCAGCCAGUUCCCAUAAAGUUAGAAGAUUUGGAUGGAAUUGAUAUGAUGGCAUUACCCGUGGAAUUAGCUGAUGACACCGGCGAGGUUAUCCCCGUAGAUACGUCUGGGGAAGGAGAGGAUCGCCUAGUUGACGCGGACGAGUCUCUGACAGAGACUACGCACGCUAACUUCUUGUCUCUGGUCAGAGCGCUCUUUCCAGCGAGAGCAGCACACAGAGCCUCCAAGCAACAGUUGCAUUCGAGAUGCGCCGCUGUUAUGAAGUCUCCUAUAGCGCCACUCAACACUUGGUAUAAUUUGUCUGAUGAUUGGUGUUCUGAGCUGGAUUCCGCUUUGGACUUCCUUGCCGGGGAAAGAGGACCUCACCCUGAUGACUUUGUGCCAUAUUUACAAUUUUUGCCAGAGACACAAAUGUACCAGUGGAUCGGUGCGGGUCGUGAUUGCGACGCUAUACUGGGUCGUAUAUGUGAGCGUUGGCUGCGGUCCGUGUCGCCUGGCCCGCCUGCUAACGAUCCUCCACCACCCAGGUUUCCCACGUCAUGGGUGAUGAGAGCGCCAACGCCCGCUGAAAUAACUGAAUUUAGAACACAAGAAAGACGUAGGUUUUCCACAGCAGCGAAACCUUUUACCUACAUCCAACAUGGGUAUUGUUCCGUGGUGGGUCCGUGUGCGCGCGCGUCCAUAUCUUGCGGUACCCAGGGUUCCUUACUCGUGGCUGAUCGGCCACGGCACGCCAGUUUCAUAUCCCUUGUAAGAGACGCUGUCGCAAGACUGCCUAAUGGUGAGGGGACUAGGCACGAUAUCCUUACUUUGUUAAGAAUGUCGCAAUGGAUUGGAACUUGCAACGACCAAGCUUUGCUCGGCGCUCUGUCUUCGGCUUUAGAUCGGCUACAGACGGCCAAGAGAGAUCCCGUCGUCAAAUACGACCAAAGAACCGCUGUCUGGACCUACUUACAUAGAAAUCGGUCAGAAGAUGAUUGGACGAAGACUACUGGCCGAGGACGCGCUAGUAAAACGACUACUGCAUUAACGCGAGUUGUCCGCGAUACUCCCUCGUUACCAUCGGCUCAGAUGGAGUUAGAAGUGGGUAGUAUGGAGGAAGUGGUGGAAAACGCAUCAGACAGCGACGUCGACAUCGAAGACACUUCGGCAUCAUCUUCCGUUUCUCAUUUAUCAUCAGCUCAAUUGCUCAUGCAAGCGACGCAAUCAGUACAAUCCAAACAGCCAACUGUACCACCAACAAAGCCCAAAGGAAAGCUAAUCGCUACUCCACCGCAGAAAACUAAAUCCAGCGUCCAAAUAAAACAGCCAAAAGCAACUUUAAUGACUCAGUCAGUCAAACAAGCGAAUCUCCUGAGCCAAGCAGCGAAACAAGCCACCCUAAUGUCACAAGCGACAAAACAAGCGAACCUUAUAAACCAGACGAAACAAAUCAAUCCAUUGCCUAAACAAACCGUACAAGCUAAGCAAAUCCCAGCGACGCAGACUAAAACUCCAGUUUUGGCUCAAACGAAGCAAGUCAACUUAGUGACUACCAAAACUGCGACUACUAAGCAAAAUAUCCCCAAAACUAAUAUAGUCACAAAGCAAGUUAACGUAAAGCCUAUUCAAUCGCCAAAAACUCCUGUGAUUCAGGCCAAACAAACUCCACCUACCCAACCUGUUAAACCGGUUCAACCAAAAGUUACUGUUGCUCAGAGUCCGAUGACUACUCAAACUGUGACUCAAGUACAGAAACCAUUGCCUACUAUAGUAGCUACUCCUCAUAAAUCGCCUUUAAUAAAGCAGAGACCGUUGCAAAGACAGGCGGAACCACCUAUCACAAGUGCAUCUGCUCCUAUCACACCGUCACAAACGAAUUCCACUCCUGUGUUACAACCCACAUUUACGAUUUCAACACCACAGAAUCAGAAUAAGUCGGUGCAAGGUACGCGUUCGUUGCUAAUAAGGCCACCAGCUAUACAGACUACGGUCACUGCUGUUGGGACUAAACCAACCACACAGACUGUAGCUACAUCGCGUCGUGGCGUCGUUAGAGUGUUAAGUCCAGCCACACCGUCUUCUGGAAAGUCUCUGAUAUCUCCACGAGCUCUCAUGCAGACAGGAGCAACGCCAACAAUAGCAAAAAAGCGGCCAUCGAUACCAAGUACAACAUCAGUCACAACUAUUGCCCAGAAUUUAACAAGCGCAACCACAGUAGUAAGCAGCGUUCCAACAGCCGUAACUUCCUCUUUAGCAACUCGCACUGUACAAUUAGCUGGAGGGCGAACGGUCCAAUUAGCCGCUAAUCAAACGGUGCACUUACCAGGUGGACAAGCAGUCCAAUUGACUUCUGGACAUACCCUCCAGCUAUCAUCGUUGCAAUUACCAACACACAGUAUUCGAUUACCCAGUGGGCAAACAGUACAAUUAGCCUCCCCACAAACAGUCCAAGCGGUCAGAGCAGUCUCUUCUGCUGCAGUCAAAGCCCCCAGUCCGCGAACACUCCAAUCUUCACCAACAAUAAAAACAGUGACCCCUCAAACCUCAGUCCCGAUACCGGUAUCGACAGUCCAACUCUCUGGACAAACAGUCCAAAUAGCCGGUCAAACUGUGCAACUGGCCGGGCAGAGCGUGCAAUUGACUGGGCACACUGUUAAGUUGCCGAGUGGUCAGAGUGUUCAAGUCGCUAGUCAAAGUGUUAUACCGUCGCAAAGCAUUCAAUUACCUUCGGGACAAACCGUACAAAUAGCCAGUGGGAAUAUGCAGACUGUUCAGUUGGGAUCAGGGGUUCAACUUCCUAAUAGUCAAAGUGUACAAAUGUCGAGUGGACAAAGCGUUCAAUUGGGAGCUCAAACUGUUCAAUUAGCCGGACAAACGGUACAAUUAGCAGGUGGUCAGACAGUGCAAUUGCCAAGUGGGCAAACCUUGCAGUUGUCCAGUGGACAGACCGUCCAGUUAUCUAGUGGACAAACACUACAAUUAGCCAGUGGACAAACGGUUCAACUGGCGAAUCCGGCAGCUAAGGCCGUGACGCAAGUGGUGCGAAACCCGGCCAAUACUGAGAAGACUGCGCAACCUAUCGUUGCUAAACUAUUGACGAAUGCUCAAGGUCAAAUGAUCUCUCUAGAAGGUGUAGUAGGCGCCCGUUCCAUACAACAACUACAAGCGGCCGGAGUGAGGCCAGUGCGGGUAUUGGCCCCUGCUCGGCCUUUAUUGCUCACCGCUGCGAAACCCCUACAUAAUAUCAUCCUACAGCAAGGUGAUGGAAAUCCGAUUCGCGUCACAUCCAGUGGCGGUGUGACCCCAACGCAGACUAUCGUUUUGAAUAGUAUUGGAGCUCAAGCCGUAACCACAUCGACUUCAUCGCCGCCCGUGUUAAAGUUACAACAGGUGAAUGCGUUACAACAGGUCAAACUCGCGCAAGGAAUAAAAAUUCAGCAGGCAUCUUCAUCGACCAACGCUACCGUAGCGACAUCUAGCGGCGUUCGUAGUGUACUCAUGGAUGGUCAACAAUUGAAGCUUGUCGGUGGCAGACACGUGUUAGCACGCAUUCUCCGUCCCGCUCACCCACCGCCUUAAAAAAAAGGAACAAAGAAAAUCCCAAAUAACCUACUCGUUGAGUCACACAAUAUUUUAAUGGUAAGUCGAAUAUUCUCCAACUAUUAAGUUGUUACUGUGAUCUCUCCAAUUUGAUGUAUAAAUCAAUGUUGUGGUCGAUUCGUUACUAACGGUUUUAAAUACGUUUUUUUAUUAUUGUGUAUAUUUGUUCUUUUAAACGUUGCAGUAAGUGAUACGUAUUUUUCUUCGAUUCGAUAAUUUAAAUUUUCAAAAGCACAUAAAGCGACAUACUAAAUUGUCCAACACUAAAAUUUCUUUAUCUCUCUGGCUUUAUCUUGCUUGACAUAAGUCGCUUGAGGGAUUUUAUUAAUAUAAAAUUACGGAUCUGGCACAACCUGUCAGGAUCGCAUACUUUUGUUGGCCGCACUGUAACAGAAGCGAGGAAAAAUGCAAUGUGUUUAUUUCGGCUUCGUGCAAUUUUAGUAAGCGAUAAAGCCAAUACACCACCAUCAGGGAGUGAUCGUGUUCAAAUGUGUAUUCUAUGUUUGGCACCUCAUUCAAAAACCAUUUAUAAGUUCUGGUUCCUCUAUUCUGUUCUUCUGGAUAAAACAAGAAUGGGCGGGAAAUGUAUCAAAAUAUAUCAUAGGCAAUUGAUGAAUCACGUAAAAAGAUAGAGAUACUCGUUUCUUAUAUACUUCCAGACACAUCUAUCGGCCCACCUAGCAUUUUAAGUAUUGAUUUGACGGUAAUUUACGGUUAAAAAAAAAGUUAUAUUUGGCAAAAAGUUUCUAAUGCAGUUUUGAAGCUAAUUAACCAGCUAUUUCGUGUGUUUUCAAAAAUAUAUUGUUAUGGCUCACUCUAACAUAUAUUUUUGCUGCAGACCGUUGAACCUUAAGUGGGCCGAUAGAUGUGUCCGUAAGUGUAUUUUAAUAGAACACUAAUUUAGAGAAACAUUUUUAAUGGGCUGUUAUAAUAUAUAUGUAUGAUCAGCCAAUUUCAUUCAUAACCCAUCAUAAGCUUAUUUUCUUACAGCCAUUGCAAAACAAUAAAGUAGAUUUUUGCUUAGCUGUACGUGAAACAAACUUGUUAUUUUCUGAACAAUCAUAUUUGACGUGACAGAUUUUUCCGCAUUCCUGUGAAAUAAUUUUGACAUUAAAUUACUUGGAGUUUUGCCCAUACUCAUAAUUAUUUCUUUGUUAGUUUAACAACGUUUUUGUAGUAUCAAGAAAACGAAAGAGUUCCUGUUACAUAAUUACGAUUUUAAAUUUGAUUUCGGAUUUUAAACUACUUUUUCAAUUUUAUCUAUAAUAUGAUCUAUUUCAUUGAAUAUAUAGGUCAAAUUUCAAAUAUAUUUGAUCCAUAUUAACAGUUUCCCUGUUAUUACGGGGUCCUAAGUGUAAUUUAGCAUUCUCUACAAAGAAAAACUUGUUUGUUUUGACAUUUUUAAACGAAUUAUCAGGCAAGUGUGUAAGGAAUCAGUUGGUUCGAUCGUACCUAUAUGCGUUCAUUUGAAUAUGUGAAAAUUUUUAAAACCGCGUAAAACCAGAGGCAAUAGUCCUGGCUGAUGCGGUCUUUAUUAAAGAAUGCAUUAUGAGAAUGGUAAAUUUUUUUCUGCCUGUCCUUUUUAUAUCACGAAAAGCAGAGAGAGAUAACUAUGUUCAAGAUAAACUUUUUAAUGUGUGCCACUGAAUUGGGAGAAUGUUUCUUUUUAUCAGUAUUGUAUACAAAUUUUUACCACAACAUUAAAAAAGUGUACAAAUUAAAUAAUAUUUUACGGUAAAAAUUAAUCGUAUUGUAGUAUCUCUUUAAUUGUACUGGGAAAAUGCGCUGUUUUGGGUGUAUCAUGCAUCUGUCUCAAUAACAAGUAUCGGACCUACCAUUUUGCCAUAACAUAUAAUUAUUUUUUUGUUCCUUUACUUUGCCAGUAUAUUUAUAAAUACUGCAUUACAAUUGAGUACGUAAAAAACUGACACCAAUGGUUAAAUCUUAUUUAUGUAUGUUGUAAUUCUAAUAUAUUAGAAAACAUUUAAAGGAAAUGCCAUAAUUAAACAAAAACAUUAAAUAUUCAGGCAAAGUAAAUUUGACCAAAAAGCGCAAGAAAUGGAAUUCAAGAUGCAUCUCAUGCAGCACAUAUUCUUUUCUUUAACUAAAUUUAUGAUUUUCUCGUGACGCAUUUUUACUACCAUUUAUGUAUGCUUAACAUAAUAAAAAUAGAUUAUGAUAUUUAUAAAUUUAACGUAAUCAAAAUUGUAAAUAAAUAUGUUAACAUAUUCUUAAACUUUCAUGUUUAUAAAAAAGCAUGUUUGAGAUGCUUAGUUAUCUAUUGUAAAUAUUAGGGUUUUUAUUGUACCAUUCGGUACGAAUGUUAAAAAAUUAAGUGGUGACGUAUUAAAUGUUAGUAUAUCAACCACUUACCAGGAUUGUAUUAAUAACGGGAAGGAUUUUAUAAAUAAUUUUACUAUUGGAUAGGUACUGUACAGAAUGACGUACUGGUAGCAAUAUGUUUUUAUUUUAUAACACUGGCAAUAUUUGCUAAAAUAUCAUUUUAACAUUAAGAAUGAAAUUGGUUAGUACUACGCUCUCCUGUAUCUUGUUGGUUAUUGAUUUUAAUCACACAAAGUGUAUAACACAAUUGCAUCUUGCAUUGACGCCUAAAUCUAUUAGCCCUAAGUUAGAUGCAAUAAGACAAAGAUUAUUGUUUAUGUUGUUAAUAAGUAUGCAUUAUUUUAUGUUCAAAUGUAAUAUUUUUCGUUGCAAUAGGUCUGAUUAUUGUAUGAAAUAUAAGUCAAUUGUGGUAUCUU